AUGCAGCAUCAGAGAAUUCAUACAGGAGAGAAGCCCUUUAAAUGCAAUGAAUGUGGAAAAGCCUUCAGCCGGAAGGAAAGCCUUAAUGCCCAUAAUAGAUUUCAUACUGGAGAGAAACCUUAUAAAUGUAAUGAAUGUGGGAAGACCUUCAGCCGAAAGGGAAGUCUUCAUGCACAUAACAGAAUUCAUACUGGAGAGAAGCCUUUUCAGUGUAAUGAAUGUGGGAUAGCUUUCAAAUGGCGUGUACAUCUUAAGGAGCAUAAGACAAUUCAUACUGGAAAGAAACACUUUGAAUGUAAUGAAUGUGGAAAAGGCUUCACACAUAGCUCCUAUCUUCUGCAACAUCAGAGAAUCCAUACUGGAGAGAAACCAUAUGAAUGUAAUCAGUGUGGGAAAGCCUUCAGCCAGAAGGGACAUCUUAAUACACACAAAAAAACCCAUACUAGAAAGAAACCCUUUGAACAUAAAAAAGAAAAACACUUUAAAUGUAAUGAAUGUGGGAAAAACUUCAGGCACAGCUCAUACCUUUUGCAGCAUCAGAGAAUUCAUAGUGGAGAGAAACCCUAUGAAUGUAGUGAAUGUGGGAAAUCUUUCAGGCAGAAAGGAACCCUUAAUACACAUAAGAAAACCCAUACUGGAAAAAAACACUUUGAAUGUAAAGAAUGUGGAAAAGGCUUCACACAUAGCUCUUACCUUAUGCAGCAUCAGAGAAUUCAUACUGGAGAGAAACCUUUUGAAUGUAGUCAGUGUGGAAAAUCUUUCAGCCAGAAGGGAACACUUAAUACACACAAGAAAACUCAUACUUGA